AUUAUAAAACCUGCAACUAUUUAAUAAAUUGCUAUUUAUUACUGACAGAAUAUAAAAUAUAUUGAAAAUUUUUGUGACGUGAUGACUAACAAUAACAACGUACCAGUUGAAAUGGAACGAGUACCAGUGAAUCAAACGCUCCGAAGAGAGCAAACAACGAUAGAUAUCGACAUGGACACAAAUGGUAACCAGCAGCAUAAUGUUAGAAAUUCUAAUUUUACCGCUAUUAAUAACGAAACGGAAAGUGGCGGAAUGAUUGAUAAUGAUAGUGAGACAAUAAAUUUAAGGCGAAAUUCGAAUUCGCAAGGCAAUCUACUGUCUUUAAUAAAUGAAGCUAGAUCUCAUUUAGAGCGACAGGCAACUUUAGGAGGCGGCCCCGUUGAAAAUGCGUCACAGCAGCAAAGGCGAUUUAUGCAUAGUGCCAGCGAUUCGGGUUUCACAUCCUCGAAUGCGGCAAACUCAACAAAUCGAUCCCGGUAUACACGUUCAUGGCGCAUGAAUUUAAAUAAUGUAUUAUCUUUCUCGUCAGCCUCAUCGACUGAGGCGUUACGUUCACUAAUAUCACAUUCAGGCAAUUUCCGUUAUAGUACUCUACGCAGUGGUGAUAAUUCUGGUAAUGAUACCGCACAAUCUUUAACAAACGAAGUACAUCAAGAAAGGCAGCAACAACAACCGGGCACUGAUCGUGUUUCAUCAUCAUUAUCAUCAUCGUCAUCAACUCCAAUGAGUUUUAGAGUUAAUAUAAAUAUGAAUAGUAGAUUGCCGAUGAUAGUGCGACAAAAUUUACGAUCACUAGGUAGGACUGAUAAUAAUACUCCCGUUGCUAAUAAUGCAACAGAUUCGACAAUAGAUUUAUCUGAUGAACAACAAUUUCGUAAUAUAGCAGCUGCUACUAACGGUGAAACUAAUAGAUCUAAUCGACAGCUGCGUCAAAAUUCAGCAGAUAAUCAAGAAUCUGCACCGGGUUCGGAGAAUCCACGAGAUAUUGAAAUCGAUAGCCCUGGACCUGAUGAUAUAAACAAUGAAAUACCAGAACUUGUAUUAAAAUUAGUAUCAGCUUUUGUACGCUACCUACCAUUUAUAUGUAUUAUCUUGAUGAAAUUUAUACAUGACCAUCUGCUGGGCAUAAUGGAUUUAAUAUUUCUUCAAGCUAUUAUGUAUCAAAUAAAUAAUUCGUUACGCAAACAAGUCGCUAAGUUGUCACAAAAAUCGUAUAGUAUUCUUUCACGGGACUGUUUAAUUGUUAUCUGUGUGGUCGUGUAUCGCUUUAUUAUAGCUACUUCAAAACCAGAACCUUUUGGUCUUCUCAUACCACCUCCAACAGAAUCCUUAACGGUUGAUGUUUUUGCGGCCGAUAAACCAGUGCCAACGUCGCCAACUAAUCAAGAAUUAACAAAUGAUAUAUCGCUUAAAUUCUUUGUAAAAGCACCCGUAAAUGCUUCCCCAACUCCCUCGCAUAAGUCCAGCGGAAACAAGCUUACAAUAACUAAGUACACUUCACUGGAAAUGCUAUUAUAUUACGUUGCCGUUAAUGACUUAAUAUUAAAAUUAUUAACACAAUUAAUUAAAAUCGCAAUAACUAUGAUGUCUACAAAAUUAUUACGACAUAAAGCUAGAGCACGCUUAUACGUUCUUGUUGAAUAUGUUUCACAAUUUUAUCGAGCAUUGGCCCCGAUUACUCAAUGGUUAGAGUUUUUGCAUGAAUCUUAUACCGGCUUGGAAGUGAUCUCAGGCAUGCUAUUUUCCUCUUUCUAUAUUGGUGCGAAAAUAUUUGAAUUAGUUGAACGCAGCAAAUUGCUAAAACGAUCUCUCCUAAGCUUUGUACGGAACAAUCUGCUGUCCUGCCUUAUCAUAAUAUUCUGGUGCGGUCCAAUUAGCAAAGCGAGUCGUCAUUUUGCCCCAAUGAUCAUAGUAACGAUUUAGCUCUUGCGUCCGUUCAAUGCGAUCGUCCUCCGCUUGUGGGCGUCGAGCGUAUAAAGCCUGAAGUUGUGCUGCUUUGGACAUUUCUCUCUCAUCCUCUUCUCUAUUCUUCUAACAUAUAAAUAUUUUCCUUUAUUUAACAAUUCAAGAAUUUUCGUUUUGAGUUUUGAUUGUUUCUCUCUGUUAAGUUUUUUUUGUUAAGAAAGAUUUUUACGUUUAACAAUUGGCCGAAAUUUUUAACUAACUAGAAAUCCUUCGAGUUCGUCACAUAUUUCUAUCUCAUAAAAAACUCAUAUCAGAUUUCCUAUAAAAUAUAAUAUUUAUAUGUUUUACAUAGCCGUUUUAGCCAUACCUAAUCGAACACGCUAUCAUUAUGACUGCGAUCUCAAAAAUCUUCUUAUAAAAGUAAAAUUGGUCUUAAGACUUUUAGAUAAACGAAAAAAAAAAAAAUAGUUAAAAGACUUUGUUACAAUAAUACCGACAACUUUGUCCUUUCUCUUAUAUUUUCGAAGACAAGAUCUUCAUUUAGAAAUUUUAUCGUAAAUUAUUCUUUAAGCGAAUUCGUCUAUCAAGUUGAAAAAUCAAUUAGCUAAAAGUCUCAUACAAGCAUACUCAUAGUUCAUAUAUGUAAAUAAGAUAAUGUGCAGUAUGAAUGAAUGGCAUUACGUUAUGCGCAAAAUAGGUUUACGUUAUUUAGCUUCCGAUACGAUAUAAUUUCGAUAGUUUAUUAGAAGUCAUUU